CAUCUGUCCGCAUCUUGUCCCCAUCCUAGCCUUGAGAACUUCUCUCGCUUAUGAUUGGUCUUUGAUAGCACACAUUUGAAGAGUCAAAUCGUAGAGGAUAAUCGAACUUUUUGAGGGGCACGAAACUUAUUUUGAUCCAACCCUAUCUAAAAAACAAACCUUCCAACCCCCAUCAUAUCGUGAUUCUAGUAUUUAUCAAUACUGAAUCUGAAUCGCAAAUAUGAGGCCGAUUCUCUUACAAGGACAUGUCAGUAUAAAUAAUAUCCUAUUGACCUUGAUACAUUAUCUCAAUCUGCUAACAACCAUAUAGGAGCGUGCUCUGACACAAAUUAGGUAAACAACACUCUUUGAAAGAAUGCCAUAAACUGGAUGUUGAUGAUGGGAUAGAUAUAAUAAAGAUGGCGACAUCAUCUUCUCGACUGCGAAGGAUCAACACAUUUGCGCUUGGUACGCACACAACGGAGAGAGAUUAGGCACCUACCAUGGUCAUCAGGGAGCUAUAUGGACAGUCGAUGUGGACCCAACGACUACAAUCAUCGCAAGUGGUGCAGCAGACAACACAGUUAGAUUAUGGGACGUUAAGACAGGAAAAUGUUUGAAGACCUGGGAUUUCAACACUGCCGUUAAGAGGGUCGAAUUCAACGAGGAUGCUACACAGUUAUUGGCCGUCACCGAACAACGUAUGGGAUUCUUGGGAACGAUCGUAGUGUUGGAUAUCAACCUGGAUGUCAAUGGACCACAAUCGGACGACCGGGCUUUGACCAUCACUUGUGCAGAGAGCAAGGCGACUGUUGCGGGAUGGAGUUACAUGUCGAAAUAUAUUAUCGCAGGCCACGAAGAUGGAAGCGUUUCUCAAUAUGAUUCCAAGGUAAGGUUCUAGGCUGGCUUACCUAUUCUAGAUGCUGAUGGAUCAUUUAGACCGGGGAGCUACUCUUCAACACUCAAGUUCACGAACCAGAUUUGCAAGUCACAGAUCUUCAAUGGUCGCCCGAUAGAACCUACUUCAUUACUGCCUCAAAAGACAAGACCGCCAAGGUAAAUUACAUGCAUCCUUUCAUACUUGCAUUAUACUGAUUCGUUUAGCUUGUCAAUGCCCGAGACCUCGAGGUUAUGAAGACCUACGUAACCGACACACCACUCAACAGUGCGUCUAUUACACCCAAAAAGGAUUUCGUCAUUCUCGGAGGUGGACAAGCUGCCAUGGACGUCACAACAACCUCAGCACGUCAAGGUAAAUUCGAAGCUAGAUUCUACCACAAGAUCUUUGAAGAGGAGAUUGGUAGAGUCCGUGGUCAUUUCGGUCCUCUGAACACCGUUGCCGUGGAUCCAAAUGGCAAAGGGUAUGCAAGUGGUGGUGAGGAUGGUUAUGUUAGAGUGCAUCAAUUCGACAAGGGAUACUUUGACUUCACGUAUGAGGUUGAGAGACAGGUCAGACAACAAUAAUUGAAUUUAUUUGGCUUGUAGGAAAGGUGCAUUUGCGGGCGUUUGUGGAUCAAAUCAAAAGGCUUGUAGAAUCCGGACGAAGGUAGAAAGAAUGAUGGAUGAAUCUCUUUCUUGAAGAAGAAAUAAAGAAAGCAAGCAAGUAUAUUGCAAUAGCUUGUACAAGUCUCCGUAAGGAUCAGGUAGAUAUAAUUCAGUGAAUAAUGUGAGUAUAUCAUCAGGAGUUUCAAAAC